CCUGUAAAAGAAAAAGGUUAUUAUACAACAAAUACAAAAAUAUGAAAUAAAGAAACAUUUUUUGAUUCUUGAUAAACAGGUACAAACAGGAUCAAAUCAUAUCAUUAUGUGAAAAGCUUAAAAGGAUUUGACCUUUUAUAUUAAUGUAUACAAAACCAAUACAAAAUAACCUUUUGUACAACUCACCUUGAUAUAACUUACAACUAGUAAGUAUUUCUGAAUGUAACUUCAUCAAUCACUUAUAUAAACAAAAUCGUAAACAUGUAAAUUAAGAAGAAAGACUGGAUAUCACAAACAAAGACACCUAUUAAGACAUUUCAUUAAUAUUUUCCAUGAAGAUGAAAUAUAAUUGAGUGUUUGAAUAUUUAUCAUAUAAAAUCCUCACUAUGUUAAAGAAUUCAUUACCGACUUUAAAGCAUUUCCAUCACCAAAGGCAAAUUGCUUUGUCAACCAACAAAAGAUACUCUACAAAUUUACCUGAUAAAACAGAUACUGAAAAGAAACGUUGGUCUAAUCGAUGGGCUAAACCCAUAUCAGAAAUUGAAGGAGAAUGGUCAAGUAAAUUUAAAUUAUUUGCUCCGAAAAAAGGACUUGACCCAAGCAUUAUAAAGUUUAUAACAACUCCCAAAAAUAUUACACCCUCAGGAAUAAAAACUUGGUGGAGUAAUGUGAAACGUAAGGUUGACAUUGAAGAUCAAGUAUUUUCAAAAGAAAGACAUAAUUUCUUAGGAAAUGAUUUAGCAGCUGCACAUUUCAUUAUUUAUAGAAAAGGAUCUGUUAAAUUUUUUGGAACAGACAAAUGGCUGAAACUUGACGAGGAUGAUGAUGAAUGUGAAGGUUUGCCUAAAUUUAACGUACCAGACCUCUAUGUCUCUCAUAUAGAUUGUAGUAAUAUGAACAUUUAUUAUGAAGGAUUACAAAAUUUAGUAAGGUUACAAAAACUUACCUGGUUAUCAUUUAGAAACUGCAAAACUAUAGAUGAUUUUUGCCUUGACCGUAUCAGCGGCGAAUAUGGUGAUACCCUAAAAUAUUUAGAUAUUAGUGGUUGUUCUAUUACAGAAAGAGGCCUAAAUGCUUUAUAUAGACUAAUGAAUCUAGAAACUCUAAUAGUUACAAAUGUAAAAGAAUCUAUCUCUUUUGAAUUAACUUGUGCAAUGUUAGAAGAAUUGUAUCCCAAAUUAAUUAUUAAAUCUAUGGAUGAGUCUGUAAAACAAGUUGAAUAAAAUAUUUGUUCUAUUUUAAA